ACUCCACGCUUAUUUCUUUCGCAAAGCAGCAUUGUUCCAAUGCUCCGAAGGGUGUGGUUGUCGGUGCAAUUACAGGCACACGCAUCAAUAAUAAUAAUAAAUUGAUUUGAUCCAUUAUGGUGAAAACAUUACAAAUACAAAUUUUAUAUAAUUUAUCUAAAAUACAGUAUUUCUUUGAUAGACACAGUGCGUCACGUUGCACGACGUGUUCCUUGAUGGUUUUUCGAUAACCAACAGAGUUAAGAGUUUGCACAAAAAGUUGCAAUAAUAUUUUUAUAAACAACAUCUUUAGGUCUUCAUAAAUUGGAGAGGUAUACACGGUACGAAUUUGAAUAUAGCAAUCCAAGCCUAGAAUAUAAAAGAUCUCUUACGAACAUUAUUAUGAACUAUGUACAAGUACGCUUUACUUUUUCAUGAAUUUGUAUUAUCAUCAUAGUUUCAACCGACAAACGCCUACUGCUGGACCUAGAUAUUUCGUAAGGACUUCCUCACUCCAAGAUACUGUGCUAAAUUAACCAGCGAUUCCCUGCGAAUCUGUAUAUAUCGUCUGCUCACCUAGUGGUUUCUACCAACACUGCGCUUUCCAGGAUUUAGUCGCCACCCCGGAACCAUGAGACCCAAACGCGCAUCGGGUCUUGAAUUAACUCUUGAUACUUAUAUUCUUGUCUUACUAUGAAUUUUAAUUAAACGGAAUUAGAAAAAUAAAUUCUAUAUUGCAUCAGGUGUUUUUGAAAAGUACCGUAAACGCCAGAGGCGGGCAAACCUCUGAGUUGUAUACUAAAGAAGUCGCUAGAAAACCCAUUCGGUCACAGCCAUUCGUACGUUGUAGUGGUACUUACUGCUUUGUAACAGUUCAAGCUUUUAGUUAUUUGUAUCAAAAUCGUAUUGCUAUCAAAACUUAAAUUUCGAAUAUAAAGGUCUAUUAUUUGUUGUUUUAGUAAUCUGUGACUAAGUAAGUUCUGAAAUUAAACGAUCAAUAAUAGAAUAAAAAUUUAAGAAAAGUUGUAAAGUGAUAUUCUGUAUUAACUAGUAGUGUUGUGGCACAAGUUUUCCUCUGUCUUCCAUUCAUUCAAUAUCGGUCAUGUCGCUGCUAUGGAUGGGUGCUUUUAGUCUUGGAUUGACAGUUGGAGCUACUUAUGCUGUCAUUAAAAGGAACGCUUACAGUCGAAGAGGUGUACAAGGACAGAGACCAGUUCGCGGGACUGGUCCGCGAGGUGGCGGCACCAGACGUCGGGCGGAUGGGCAUCGAGAUCCUGUCGUUCACGAUCAAGGACGUUUACGAUGACGUCCAGUAUCUGGCCAGUUUGGGGAAGGCGCAGACGGCGGCCGUGAAGAGAGACGCCGAUAUUGGUGUAGCGCAGGCCAAUAGGGAUGCUGGGAUACAAGAAGCGGAGUGCGAGAAGACUGCGAUGGACGUGAAAUACGCAAUGGACACCAGGAUAGAAGACAACGCAAGGAUGUAUAAGCUGCAAAAAGCUCAAUUCGACCAAGAAGUUAAUACUGCUAAAGCGGAAUCCGCUUUAGCCUACGAACUGCAGGCCGCGAAGAUUAAACAGAAAAUUCGAAACGAAGAAAUACAGAUCGAAGUUGUGGAACGUCGCAAACAAAUAGAGGUUGAACAGCAAGAAAUCAUGCGUCGUGAAGAGGAGCUGGUAGCGACAGUCCGCCUACCGGCUGAGGCUGAGGCCUACCGUUUACAGACCAUUGCUGAAGGAAAACGGACCCAAACAGUGGAAGCGGCUAAAGCUGACGGAGAACGUAUCAAGGUACUCGGUCUUGCCGAAGCGCACGCGAUCGGUGACGUUGGUAAAGCCGAUGCUGAGCGGAUGCUCGCUAAGGCAAAGGUCUACAAGCAAUAUGGUGACGCUGCCAUCAUGGCACUUGUACUCGAAGCACUGCCAAAGAUCGCUGCCGAAAUAUCGGCGCCACUAGCGAAGACGGAUGAAAUAGUACUGGUCGGUGACAACGGCACUACGGGGGAAAUUGCUCGACUGGCUGGGGCCAUCCCACCAGCCGUGCGCACUCUAACUGGCUUAGACCUCGCACAGGUCCUUAAGAGACUGCACCCUUCAGAAGAGCUGUCCUCGUCGUCUGGUCUUAAGAAAAAGGAGGUGACGGCUUGUUAA